UAAACUAUGAGCAUCACGAUUUGGUUUUAACUUACAUUUGCAUUUAGGAAAUUACAAUUAUAACUUACAUUUAGAAACGGCUGCCGUCGAUAUAGCGCUCAUGCCUCAUGGGUUCUAGCAGCAAGAGUUUCGAUGUGUCAAACAGGCAGAAGCAUUCGCCCACAGAACAUUUAAUUGAUCAAGACAUAUCGUUUGGCUGGGGAAAAUAUAGACCAGCGUACCUGAAAUUUUUGACUAAUUCAAAAUGGUUUCUCGCGGUGAUCAUGGUGUAUACCCUUAGUGCAGGUAGGAGUUAGGUGUUCUUAAGCAUGCAUAAUGUUAGUCCAUAUUUCCCAAGACCAUGCAACGAGGCAUUAUGUUAUUCCAUACUUCACUAAUUCUGCAUCUGCCAAUUCCAAGCUAAAGUUAAGUUGAGAAACGGGAAAGCUUUCUAUUAUCCAAAGUCAAACCUGUCCUCAAUUCGCUUCAAUACACUAAUAUUAUAUUACUGACAUCUGUUCGCCAUUCCAUUUUCUAAUUCAAACUAUAUUUACUUGAUCUAGAUCUGACAUUAUUGAUUUGCCGGUGCCAUCUACAUGCGUUUAUAAUGCGUUACAGCUUUAGUGGACAGCUUUAGCGUCUCACCAAACGUUAUUUAUGUUAGUUUCAACGAGCGUCCCAUUCGUUGGAACUAAAUGUUGAAGGGAUUUUGUAGGUGGUAAAGAUGGAAAUUUCGAGAGAAAAUUUAUACAUAUUCGUCUCGAACUUGCGGUUUAAACUCGGCAACUGGACUGCGCCAAAUUCUGUAGUGUAAAUGAAUUAGCUUUAGCCCUGCGCCAGAAACGCACGACCACAGUCGCAGGCUCGAUUCCUGCUAGAGAGACUUAGUUAUUAUGGUCGUAGACUAUGACAUUGCCGGACUUUCGAAGGGACAAAAAUCUUGUAGACCUUGUACACUUCACUAUUGGGAGUGAUUUUUUCAUCAAUAUAGUUGUUUGUGUAUUAUCAUACAGUCUUAACUUCAUCACCUAUGGCUAACCAUAAUAGAACUCAAAUUUGAUCUGACGCAGAAUUUACUCAUUAAGAGUCAAAUUGCAUUUCAGAGUAUUUUAGGAAUGAAUUGUUACCCCGGGGUAUAAAGGUUACGAGAUAUAGGUUAAAAAGGUCGGAAAUAAUUGUUUUUUAUUGUUACAUAAAUGUAGUUUCAAGUCAAAAUCUUUUACAUGGUAAAAACUAAAUUUUGAUAAAAUGGAAACUAGUUUUUUGGAGAUAUUUACGUGUAAAAUUACGUACGUUCUCAGAAAGAUUUGUGCCUGCAAGAGUCACAAUAGGGACAUGUGCAGUGGCGUAGUCAGUCCGACUAUCUUGGCCGCUAUAUGCAAAUAUUGCCAUGUUUAUAAACUAUCAACACAAUAAAUUUCUAAAGAAAUGAAUAUAAUGAUAAUGAGUUGAAAUUUGCAUAGCGGGACUAACGCCCGUAUUCUAAAAGCUCACUCACACUCAAUGAGUGGAGGUUCAAUCUGAGCUUCUUUUGAGUGUGAACUGAUGCUGUUUUUGAAUAGCUGGAGGGUUAGUGUCGUUAAUGAUCUGAACUAUAUCUAUUUUUAAACUUUUCUAGUCAUAUUCUUACUAUAUAUUCUUACUAUCAUUAUUUUUACGAUAUUCAAUUUAUAUAUAAACUAUAUAUAUUAACAUAGCAUAUGUAAAUAGAUUUUACUAUACUGGUAAACACACGAACACAUCAGCAAUUUGCUGCUUAUUUUUAUAUCGUGUUUAAAUAAAUGUUUUUGAAUUGAAUUGAAUUGAACCUUACUAUGUGAUCACUACUCACUCGCCAGCUAUUCAAAAACAGCAUUCACAGUCAAAAGAAGCUCAGAUUGAACCUCCACUCAUUGAGUGUGAGUGUGAGUGAGCUUUUAGAAUACGGGCGUAAAUCUUUGGGCUGGCUAUGGCACUGGUUACAGGAGGUCAUCAUGACAACAAACAGCGCUUUGCUUUGCGGCGCUUUGGCUCGUGUUUGGCUCAUGGGCGUAUGGGUCGGGGCGGGGGACACGUGGCCCCCCCAAUUUUUUACGGUCGGGCAAAAACCAAUACGAAAUUCGGGCAAAACGUAAAAAUUUCGGGAAAAAUUUGAUAUGGUGUGAAAAUUUUUUUGUAUUUCUCGAAAAUGACGUGAUGUUACGGAAAAUUUUCUGAUAUGUCCGGAAAUUUUUUUUUGAUAUGUCCGGAAAAAAAUCCCCCCCCCCCGCUCGCCAACAAUUUUGGGAAAAAAUAUUAAUGUUCAGUUUGCCUGUUCUGGCAAACUAUACUGUGCCUUCCCCCCCCAAAAAAAUUAGGCCCAUACGCCCAUGCGGACUUUAAUAUCUCAAGUAUACAGCCUAAAAAUUUAUGACUAAUACGUCAGAUGCUUUGGGCAGUCGCAAGUCGGGACUAAAAUGCAAACUAACUACGGUUACCAUGAGGGUCUGAUCAUAAAGCUUUAUCAGUGGCGGAAACUAGGGGGGGGGCGAGGGGGGGCGAUCGCCCCCCCAAAAAUUUUACUAAAAUUAUAUUUUAGCUAGAUUUCAUAAUUUACUUUGAAAAAUGAAAGCACAAUAUAAGGAAACGAAAUGGUAAGUUUUAAUAAAAACAAGCUAAAAACUAGCAAAAGUAUUCUACAUUUAUAAUCUUACAAGUCACACAAUGAGUGUUAUGAAUUCUGAAAAAAAGUCAAAUUAAAUUAGUUUUAAGCGCUAGCUGCGCUACAAGUCUUUACUUAAACUGUACAAUUCGGGAUUUUUGAUUUACCCAUCGAUCAAGCACUUUGUCCAAGUUUAUUCUUUUUAACAGGUCUUUAUUCAUGGAUAGCAACAUAAAGUCACUGGCCAACGAACUGUCUAAGCUAUUACGAGCCCAGCUCAAUAUCCGAUUCAUAGCACUGAAGCUCCAAAAUUGACCACAAUGUUUAAAAGGUGGUGAAUUUUGGCUAAAACAGUAGCUUCUAAUGAUGUAACCUUAAUCGUGUCCAGUUACGGCAGUAUAUAGGCUCUUAAAUUUAUGAUAUACAUGCAUAUAUAAUAUAGAGUAUUUUCCCGAGUGUUCAUAAAACAAUAGCAAAUAAUUGUAUCAAAUUUACUACGGACUAUACAGUAUCUAUUCUAUAGGUAGUAAUUUUCAGGUGUUCUUUCACUUCUCUGGUUUAGAUAUUUAUUACGUACUGCAAGUUCAGAUUACCGGUUUUUUAUGUUUACCACAUGAUUUAAACCAAAAUUCACCAUUAACUUAAUGUUUUGAAAACCUGGAAUUUCUUACAAAAUGCGCUCUCAGAAUGCUGCAAAUGCCAUUUCAGGGGUCCAAAUUUUAAAAAUUUUCUGGGGGGGCAUGCCCCCAGACCUCCCUAAAAAACUCGUGCCUCCGGCACUCGCCCCCCCCAAAAUUUUGCAAAGUUUCCGCCACUGAGCUUUAUACAUAUACAUGAACAGGUUUGUGAUUGGGUGAUUUAAAAACAAAACAUACAUUUUCUUUUAUGUUCAUUUAUAUUGGAAUUGAUCCAACAAAUCUUUUCUUUUUAGGCAUAACGAUGACAGGUUUCCCAGUGUUAAUCUUGCCAAGUAUUGAAAAGAGAUUUAGUUUAUCCAGUAAAGAACUUGGGAUUAUUUCAGCAGCGAACGAUGUCGCUGCUCUUCUUUUCGUUGUAUUUAUCAGUUUCUAUGGCGACUAUGGCAACAAAAUCAAGUGGGUGGGAGGAGGAGCGGGUGUUGCAGGUAAUGUAUUGUAUUUUAUAUCUCAGUCCAAUUCUCGGUUUAGACAUAUUUAACUGA